CCUCAACCCCACCAUGAAACUCUUCUCCAUCCUUCCUACUGCCCUCCUUGUGGCUGCUGUAGCGGCCAUCCCGCUGAGCGACAAAUCCGAUGCGCAGGAUAGCGAUCAAGCUGCUAAGCUCAGUUGUCCAGACUUGAGCUCUCAGUUCUGCUGUAGUGAAUGUACUGGUGCUGCGGCAUCGGGUUUCCUGGGUGCUUAUGGCCAGUUUAGACCUGAAAUUUGCUGUCAGCAGAAUUGUGGAUGUACUCUUUCGUGAGAGGGGUUUUUUGCAUACUAGUACUACUUAACUAGAAGUCAUGCAGCCGGAAACCUUUUCAGCAGCAGAAUAGUAUGUAGUUCAAUCAGUGGAGUAUCAAUUUAUGGAGGUGAUGUCAUGGGACUAAUACCUCAGUAUA